GGAUAAAAUGUACACUUAUCGAUACAUUCGAAACAAACCUCACUUCUUCUUCAUUUUGCUUACAUACAAUUAUGGCAAUCACCAAGAUUUUUAUAAUUUAUUACUCGCUGCAUAAACAUGUGGAGUAUAUGGCUAGAGAAAUACAACGUGGAGCCAAUUCGAUUGAAGGAAUUGAAGCAACGCUUUGGCAGGUGCCUGAAACGUUGCCAAGUUUGGUACUUCAAAAGAUGAAGGCUCCUCCUAAACCAGAUGAUGUGCCGGUGAUUAAGCCAGAACAGCUGAUAGAAGCUGAUGGAUUCCUAUUUGGAUUCCCUUCUCGUUUCGGUGUAAUGGCAGCCCAAUGUAAAGCUUUCUUUGAUGCAACUAUCAAUCUGUGGGAAACUCAAGCACUUGCUGGUAAACCGGCUGGCAUUUUCUGGAGCACCGGUUUUCAUGGUGGAGGCCAGGAACUUACAGCCUUAACAGCGGUAACACAAUUAGCGCAUCAUGGGAUGCUAUUUGUACCUCUUGGAUACACAUUUGGGAGUGGAAUGUUUGAAAUAGAUGAGGUCAAGGGUGGAUCCUCUUAUGGUGCAGGAACAUAUGCGGGUGAUGGAACUCGACAGCCAACUGAAUUAGAACUCCAACAAGCUUUUUAUCAAGGUAAGUAUGUUUCCGAAAUUACCAAAAAGCUUUCCAGAAACUAAAAUUUGAUCCAAGUAACUGGGUGAUGAACAUUUGUAUAUAGAUACAUAUUACAGGUUGUAAAGAUUGUAACAUUCUCAAGUAAAUAAAAGCUAUACCUUUGUGCA